GAGCGUCCCCCAGCAUUGCACGUGCACCAAUAAAGCCAGCAGGGAGCUGGGUCAGACCAUGGUCACAGAGCGAGCAGGGGGCUGGGAGCCAGGACUCCUGGGUUCUGUUACUGUCUCUGCCUGUAUUCCCAGCCUGCUAGCUUCAGUGUCCCAUGGGCCUGGAUUGGGACCCGCUGUUGGAAGUCAGAUCCCUGCUGUGUUGGUGAGGAGGGAGCUCCAGGCUCAUGGCAGUGGAACACGGGGGUCACCAUGCUGGCUCCAAUGAGGCUAGCACCCAUCUCUGCAGUCACAUCACAUGUCACGACACCGUUGCAAUAGCAGCUACCAGCUGAUAGCACCUCGCUCCCUGACAGAGUGACUGGGCGGCUUUGCGGGGCUCCCUCCAAGGUGGCUGCACAUCACAAUGCAGUGAGAACAAGGAGUAGUUGGCUCUGGUCUGGCCCCAUGGCAGGAGGACUGACUGGUUGAGGAUGUGCGGGGGAGGGGGAAUAAGACACAGGGCCUGUCUCCUCUAGGAGGCAUUGGCUCUGAUCCAGCCCCAUGUGAUAUGUAUUCAGGACCCACAGGUGGAACAAGUUGUUGGGUCUCAUUGUUAUUCCCUUUGGAGAAGGCAGCUACUUCCUUGGCCAAUAGGAAGCCUUGGGGGCUCAGUGGGCUAUGGAGACUGGGGUCCACUAGUUGAGAGUGCCCAUGCCGGUGCACCCGGCGCCCAAGGAGGCGGAGGAGAUGGAGGGGGACGGGGACUCGGCACCUGAGCUGAAUGGCGAAGAGGAGGAGAGCGAGGAGGAGCAUAGUGCCAGCCCUUCUGAAUCAGAGGAAGAAAGCUCAGAGAUGGACGAGGAGGACUGUGAGCGGCGCCGCAGCGAGUGCCUGGAUGAGAUGUGUGACCUGGAGAAGCAGUUCUCUGAGCUGAAGGAAAAGCUAUUCAAGGAGCGGCUGAACCAGGUGAAGGCCAAGCUGGAGGACGUGGCGUCGGGGCGGGCAGCUGAGUACCUCGACCCCCUGGGUGUCCUGCAGAACAACAUGAAGAUCCGCAUCGAGGUGGCUGGCAUCUACAAGGGGCUGUGCCUGGAGGUGGUCAGGAACAAGCACGAGUGUGAGCUGCAGGGAGCACGCCAGCACCUGGAGAGUGAGAAGCUGCUGCUCUACGACAACAUGCAGAGCGAGCUGCUGGAGCGAAUCCAGCGCCUGGAGGAUGAUCGGCAGAGCAUCGACAUCACCUCAGAGUGGUGGGACGACAAGCUGCGCCCCAAGAACAGCCUCAAGAAGUGGGAUCCCUUCCGGCCUGCCAAGAGGAAGAAAGCGCCGCUUGUGUCUGGCCCCUACAUCGUCUACAUGCUGCGGGACAUCGACAUCCUGGAAGACUGGACGGCCAUCAAAAAGGCUAAAGCAGCCGUGUCGCCCCAGAAGAGAAAAUCAGACGUGCUGGUGAAGGUGGAGAAGCCGGGGGCCCAGUUUUCAGCCCGCUGCGAGGACGGGCGGCUGCAUUACGAGGGUGAGAUCUACAGCAAAGGGCAGAGCGUCAUCCUGGAGGUCGGGGACGAGGCGCCUGCGCAGGCAGUGAUCACGGCUGUCAGCACUGGGGAGGUCUGGCUGCGCCGGGAGGAUGGCACCAAGACCAAAAUCUACGUCUCGCAGCUGCAGAAGGGCAAGUACUCGGUGCACAAGGCCUGAGCGGGCCCUCUCGUGGCUCAGCCCUGCGGCUCGGCACAGGCCUCCUCCUGGAAACCAACGGCCCACGGACCCUCCCCGGCACACCGAGUGGCUGGACUUGCUCUCCCCUUGCACUAGGACUCAGAUGGAGAGGACUCUGGCGCCCUGCCCGGCGGGGUGUUGCCAUGGCCAGCGCUCCCGCCUCAGAUCCCUGCAGACAGGCCAGCACGAGGCUUCACCGCUCGCUUCCCUCGCUAGGACUCUGGUGUUUGUAGCAAUCUUGGGGGACUGCACAUACACCCCGGUGCCUGGGGCCGUUGUGCCCCCUAGGAAAAUAGGGGUGCUGGUUCCAGGGGCUUCAGCAGGAAAAGCCCUGGGCCUCGGCCAGCCCCCUGGAAGCGUUCACAUUAAAAAUCAAGUGAAACAUA